AGCCGCCGGAAGCGGAAACAGCGCCGGGCGCCGGAGGACUCGUAACUGCCGCCGCGAUGCCGAAGGGUCCCAAGCAGCAGCCGCCCGAGCCCGAGUGGAUCGGAGACGGCGAGGGCACGAGCCCCGCAGACAAAGUGGUGAAGAAAGGCAAAAAGGACAAGAAGACCAAAAAGACGUUCUUUGAGGAGCUGGCAGUGGAAGGUAAACAGGCUGGGGAAGAGGAAAAACUGCAGAAGGAGAAGGAGCAGCAGCAACAGCAGCAGCAGCAGCAGCAGCAGCAGCAGCAGCAACAAAAGAAAAAGCGAGACACCCGAAAAGGCCGUCGGAAGAAGGAUGUGGACGAUGAUGGUGAGGAGAAAGAGCUCAUGGAGCGGCUUAAGCAGCUGUCGGUGCCAGUCAGCGAUGAGGAGGAUGAGGUACCCGCCCCGGUACCCCGAGGAGGGAAGAAGUCCAAGGGUAGAAAUGUUUUUGAAGCCUUGAUUCAGGAUGAGAGUGAAGAGGAGGAAGAAGAAGAAAAACAUGCCCCCAAGCCUGCCAAGCCAGAAAAGAACCGCAUCAAUAAGGCUGUAUCUGAGGAGCUGCCUGGGCUCAAGAGCAAAAAGGGAAAGGAGGAAAAGUCAAGAGGGAAGGCCAAGCCUCAAAAUAAGCUCGCGGCUUCAGACAGCGAUGGGGAAGGAGAUGAAGAAACAAGUAAAGAAAAGGCGCCUCCCAAGGAAGGGAAGGACAGAGAGAAAGCCAAGAAGGCCGAGCAGGGUUCAGAGGAAGAGAAAGAAGAGAAAGAGGGAGAGUUGAAGGCAAACGAUCCUUACGCCCACCUCAGCAAGAAGGAAAAGAAGAAGCUGAAGAAGCAGAUGGACUAUGAGCGCCAGGUGGAGUCGAUGAAGGCAGCUACUGCUGCGGAAAGCGACUUCUCCGUGUCCCAGGCAGAGGUGUCUUCCCGCCAGGCGAUGUUAGAGAACGCCUCGGACAUCAAGUUGGAGAAGUUCAGCAUCUCGGCCCAUGGCAAGGAGCUGUUUGUCAAUGCUGACCUGUACAUCGUAGCCGGUCGCCGCUACGGGCUGGUGGGACCCAACGGCAAAGGCAAGACCACACUCCUGAAGCACAUUGCCAACCGCGCCCUCAGCAUCCCCCCUAACAUCGACGUGCUGCUGUGCGAGCAGGAGGUGGUGGCGGACGAGACCCCGGCGGUGCAAGCUGUUCUCCGUGCAGACACCAAGAGACUCCAGUUGCUAGAAGAGGAGAGACGGCUCCAGGGGCAGCUGGAGAAGGGGGACGAUGCUGCUGCCGAGAAGCUGGAGAAGGUGUAUGAAGAACUGCGGGCUACCGGGGCGGCGGCCGCAGAGGCCAAGGCCCGGCGUAUCCUGGCUGGCCUGGGCUUCGACCCCGAGAUGCAGAAUCGGCCUACGCACAAGUUCUCUGGGGGGUGGCGGAUGCGCGUCUCCCUGGCCAGGGCGCUGUUCAUGGAGCCCACGCUGCUGAUGCUGGAUGAGCCCACCAACCACCUGGACCUCAACGCCGUCAUCUGGCUCAAUAACUACCUUCAAGGCUGGAGGAAGACACUGUUGAUCGUCUCCCAUGACCAGGGCUUUCUGGACGACGUCUGUACUGACAUCAUCCACCUCGACACCCAGCGGCUCCAUUACUACCGGGGCAAUUACAUGACUUUCAAGAAGAUGUAUCAGCAGAAGCAGAAGGAGCUGCUGAAGCAGUACGAGAAACAGGAGAAGAAGCUCAAGGAGCUGAAGGCCGGGGGCAAGUCCACCAAGCAGGCGGAAAAGCAGACUAAGGAAGUUCUGACUCGAAAGCAGCAGAAGUGCCGGCGGAAAAACCAGGAUGAAGAGUCUCAGGAGCCCCCGGAGCUGCUGAAGCGCCCCCGGGAGUACACCGUGCGCUUCACCUUCCCGGACCCGCCGCCCCUCAGCCCGCCUGUGCUGGGGCUGCACGGUGUGACAUUUGGCUAUGAGGGGCAGAAGCCACUCUUUAAGAACCUGGACUUUGGCAUCGACAUGGAUUCCCGGAUCUGCAUCGUGGGCCCCAAUGGUGUGGGGAAGAGCACACUGUUACUUCUGCUGACCGGCAAGCUGACGCCAACCAACGGGGAAAUGAGAAAGAACCACCGGCUGAAAAUUGGCUUCUUUAACCAGCAAUAUGCAGAGCAGCUGCACAUGGAGGAGACGCCCACUGAAUACCUGCAGCGGAGCUUCAACCUGCCCUACCAGGAUGCCCGGAAGUGCUUGGGCCGCUUCGGCCUGGAGAGCCACGCCCACACCAUCCAGAUCUGCAAACUGUCCGGUGGGCAGAAAGCCCGGGUUGUGUUCGCGGAGCUGGCCUGUCGGGAGCCUGACGUCCUCAUCUUGGAUGAACCGACCAACAACCUGGACAUCGAGUCUAUCGACGCGCUGGGGGAGGCCAUCAACGAGUACCAGGGGGCCGUGAUCGUUGUGAGCCAUGACGCACGGCUCAUCACAGAGACCAACUGCCAGCUGUGGGUGGUGGAGGAGCAGAGUGUCAGUCAGAUUGAUGGAGACUUCGAGGACUACAAGCGCGAGGUGCUGGAGGCCCUGGGUGAAGUCAUGGUCAGCCGGCCUCGGGACUGAGCUCUCCCGGAGGCCUGCGGAGAUGGCGCCUGUGGCUGGGAUCUCUGCCACCGCCCUCUAUCUACCAGAAGCCUUGUGUCUGCUGCCAGCUGCAGCUGCACUAAGCUCGAAGGUGGAGUGUUGCCUUGAUGUGUGACAGGAUCCUUCCCGGUGAAGGGCUGCCUCCCUUCAGGUAGCUGAGCUGUCUUACCCGCCCUGUCUCCUCACACAGAGGUGACCUUUGCUGUGGUGGGUUCCCCUCCAGCAGUUAAGGUGGCCUCUUGUCUCAAGACGUUUGCCGCCCAGAACUGACCUGCUCCCUCCCCUCGGAAGGGUACUAACUCACUGACUCGACCGGGGAACCUUGGCCUGGAGGCCGGUGCUGUUACCAACCUGAGCGCUGGUGCCUAUGGCCACUUGUGUAGGGGGACUUGUGUGCAGGAAGGAGAGCUGAACUGAAAUCCCCUCCUCCAAGGGGAGGAAUAAAGGAGUGGGUGCUGGUUCCCAGCCUGUGUGCAGUUAA